GCCAUGCUGGCGUUCAAGGCGAAGCUGAUUGGACGUGCAGGUCUAGUUGAGAUGCUGCGGGUCUGUACAGCGGAGACUGAGGAACUGCUCGCCAAUGCACGUGACAAGCACCCCACCCACUGGCCACCCAGGUUAAAAUCCAAGUUUGUGCGGAAAAUGAACACCCACAUUCUCGAGGUGUGCGAUCUGCAGAAUCUUAAGAUGCCUCUGGUAGAGCUGGGAGAUCUAGAUCUGCUCCUCCCCCGGAGUAAUACGUCGACUUUUAAACGAGCGUCGCUUGCAAUGGUGGGCGCCGCUGCGUUUGUAGGUAGAAAGAUCAGUCUGGGGCGGUUUGAAACCCAAUCCGAUAAUGAAAGUGACGAUGAAGAAGAAAAGGAGACGCCCUCUGCGCAUUCCCGCGGAAUAGAAUCGUCGCCACUAUCACUCAACAAUACCAUCAAACGUAGAGAGACAAUCAAUAUCGGAUCCCUGUCUCCCGGCCGAAAAAGACCGCUUGCGAAUGGCAACGCGAUGUUCAGGAAAGCACUGAACCAUAGUAGUACCCAGCCGGCAGCCCGUAACCAUGGCAACGAGGUGAAGGCGGGUGGGGAUGCGGAGGCAGACACAAGAACAAAAAUAGGAGACAUCGCAACGGAUUCACGAGUUGCAGACGAUGACACAGUUGCGCUGAAACCCGACACAAGACUUACGAACAAGCCCACGGAGGAGCCAGAGCCGCGUAACAGUACUGAAACCGAGGCUGACCUACCAAUAGUGGUAGGACCGGAUGACGUACAAAACUCAGGCAGUCGCCCGAUACAAAACCACGUACAUACACCCGAUACGGUGACACACACGAACGCGAACACGAAUGCAAACUCGUCCCCGCACCCACACCCAAACACACACACACACACACAAACCGACCCGACCCACAGUAUACCUCCGGAACCCGCCACAGGCACACCCACGCCCACGCCCAUGCGCAUGCACACACAAUGCACUAUCCCACACACACCCGGAGAAUCGCAACCACAGUUACAGCCACAACCCCAAACCCAACCACUAGUGCUACCACAACCCCAACCACUCGUCCUAGACCCCAGUCUAAGCUUGAACGAGGACGCUCUACUGACACCUGCGACGGGGUUGGGGUCGUUUUCAAACGAUUCGAUUGCGUCUGCGCGUAGUUGUCCCGUGGGUGACAAUGUGGAGUGUGCGCGGGCAAGUGCGUUGCUGGGCGAUCCAAAGUUUCUCAGCGUACGACCACACAUACACAGGAGAAGGGGUGAGAGAGCGUAGAAGCGUAGCAGGAGGAGAGUCAGGCAGCUGGUAAAAGGGGGGGGGUAGUACUAGACGAAGACAACCGCACAUACACCGGAGAAGGGGUGAGAAAGCGUAGAAAUGUAGCAGGAGGAGUGUCAGGCAGCUGUGAAAGGGGGGGGGUAGUACCAGAAGCAAGCAAGUGUAGCAGCAGUAAAAGGUUGACCGUCAACACGGGUCAGGUACUGGGUAGUAGUAGA